UAUUUGAGCUAAUGGCCAAGGGUGGAACUGUCAAGGGACUGAUAAAAGAAAAGGAUUUGGUUCAGAUUGUUGACACUGCGGAGAUUGAGAAAAUGGUAGAUAAGGUGAUUGCAGAUAAUCCAAAGCAGCUAGAACAAUACCGUGGUGGUAAAACUAAAUUGCAAGGUUUUUUUGCUGGCCAGGUGAUGAAGGAAUCGAAAGGCAAAGCAAAUCCAAAACUUUUGAACAAAAUCCUUUUAGAAAAAUUAAAUGCUACAAGCUGAUGUUGGCUGUUGUCUGAUCACUGAUUGGCUAUUGAUGCAGAAGCUGCAUAUUAAGUGGUCAUCAUCUUGGUAUCUCCCAAUUACAAUUGUAAGUACCCGAAAUGUGCUUCUAGAUCGUUUGCUGUCGUCUGCACUGAGGAAGACAAAUUUAGCAGAGUUAGGGUGGGUCAUUACUUUCGAGAUUUUUUUGAACUAGUUCUUAAUAAGUACAACCUUGGUAUAAUUUCAAACUGCCAAGCUUCUGAUUUAUGUACUAUCAUCUGGAGGGAAUAAGCUACUUGUUAAUGCAAUUGUAGCUGCUUACUUUCUUCCUUAAAGUGUAAUUAAAGUAUGCAGUUUUUUAUGGAUUCAACGUCAUUUCCAUAUUUCUGGUG